GUCACAUUUGUGAUUUGUUUAUUGCACAGGGUUUUAAAAUGGACAUGCAUACCCAUUGAAAUAAUAGAAUGCGUACCACAGGAAUUUCGUGUGACAUCUGAUCUCAGUGCCGUUUGAAGUAAUCAAUAAGGUAAGGGAAAACUGUCAAUUACACCCUCGUACUAUGGGCGAACCCUCAAUUGAGCCCUCCUACUUCGAUAACCUUCAAUUGAAUCCGCCAAGUCUCCAAAAUCAAUCAAUUAGGUCUACAUUACCGGUUGGUUCCCGGUUUGCCUGUUCCUUGCCUUCCUGGCGCUGACGUGGACUUGCCUAUCGGUCUUUCAAUGCUGACUCACUUAAAUCAUUUAACUUCCCCUAUCCACCCCCAAUCAACACCACACUGUGCCCUAACCUUCAUUCACGACCUUAAUUCGAAGCUCUGCGAGAAGAUAAGCAACAUAGCACUCCUCGACGCUGGUCAUCCACUUCUCACCGUCGACCUCGUGACCAACAAUGGCCUCCUCGUCUACAGCAACGAGUACAAAAGAGCAAAGAAGCACUACAAAUUAUGAGCCUGCAGUGUACUGUUAGUGUGGAUUGAAAGCGCCGUUGUGCGUGGGAAGGGAGAGCGGAAGACAAUUCUAUGGGUGGAAUGAAGAAGCUGAAUACUAAUAUUCUAGCAAGUCAGGGAUGGAAUGUGGAUUUCAAUGGUGAUGAUGGAUAUGAAAUCAAGAAAGGAAGAGGGCAAUUCAAAGUCAGUCUUAAGAAGAGAUCAUGUUCUUGUAGAAGGUGGGAUCUCAGUGGUAUCCCUUGUGCCCAUUCCAUUUGUGCCAUCUAUGACAAGGGGGAGGAGGCAGAAGCAUACGUUGACCACUGUUACAGUAAGGAGAUGUACCAGAAAACUUACUCCUACACAUUGCAUCCUAUCAAUGGGGAGCUGUUAUGGCCUAGAACCCAGCAUGAAGAGAUCUUACCUCCUUUGCCAAAGAAGAUGAGUGGCAGACCCAAAAAGAAGCGUGUAAGGGAACAAAGUGAAGCACGUCCACCCAGUUCUUCACAACUCUCAAGAAAAGGGCGCAUCAUGACUUGCUCAUUGUGCGGAGGAGAAGGCCACAACAAGAAAUCAUGUCCUACCAAACAUGCUUCUACUACUGCAGGUACAGUGACUCCAAGUGCAAGAGGCAGACGCCCAAGAGGAGGAAGAGUGAAGAGGGGGGGCAAUACAAGCAGAAGGCAAUCAGGGUUUGGUGUGUAUGUCGAUGAAGCUACUAGUGAAACCAUUCUGGAACCUGGCCAGCCUGGAGAGACAGUGAUUGGAGAACAAUAGGAGGGAUUGCUUUAAUGAACAUUUAUGGAAGUAGUUUUUUGUCAUUAGGUGGAUGUAAUGAUAAUGUACUAUAUUGGGAUUGCUUU